UCUCUCUCUUUCUCUACAGGGUCUGUUUCCUACAUUGAUUGUCUCUUUAUUGAGUCGGAAAGACAAACCUCAUUUUUUUAUUGAUAGUCGCUCUCCUGCAUUCCCAAGACAGCUCCGAUAUGCUGUUAGCCUCUACUCAGAGGAUCUGUUUGGAUCAAUAUUCCUCUGUGAUAAUCUCAAAUCAAUUGAGAUUAUUUUCACUGGUCUUACUAGACACUGUUAUACUCUUCGUGAGGUGAUUCUAGAGUGUCUAUCAGCCAGUGCUGAGCUCCUGUCUUAUGACAUGAAGGCACUGGAGAUAUCUGCUCUUGUUCGUUGUAAGAGAGAUCAUAGAUUAGCUGCUAGUAAUGAUGAGCCUCAUCCAAUUACUGUCUGUCAUACUGAAGAUCCACCAGUAGUUGGUUGCAGUCUUGAGCCUCAUCUUCAUCCUAUCCCAAUAGACAAUGAGAGGCAAAACUGCUGGCUAACGAAUCCAGUUGCUUCAUCAGAUGUUGCUACAGACAACUUUUUACCAGAAGGUUCUGUAUUAAAUGAUUCUCAUGCUCCAGUUAUACUGAAAGCUAUCAAAAAGAUUGUCAAAGAAUGGGACACACUAGGAUUAUAUCUUGGAGUGAAAAAUGAAGAUUUAGAAUCAAUUGAUUUUAAUUCCUUACAUCAAAUAAAUGUAUGCCGCAAAAACAUGAUAAUUCACUGGUUAAAGACUGGUACUGCUACAAGGGAAAAGCUGAUAAAAGCACUUGAGGAUUUGGAAAGAAUUGAUGUUGCUGCUAAAGUAAAGCGUCUACCUAAACAAUAAUAAUAA